GUAGUCAGUCACCAAUCAGCGAGCGAGGUAGCGACGAGGAGAGACGCAGUGGGCGCGGCGUGGUUUGUUACCCCUUAUCACUUCACGACCUCACUCUCCCUGCAGCAGCGCCUGUUUCCAGCGUCCUCAGCCUGGCCUUGUUUUAAGUUGGUCAUCAGCUACAGACUGGUCAAUAUAUGUGAUAAAGAUUUCAAAAUGAGAGCAAUGAUGGCUGUGCAGUCUGGGAGGGCUGCUGGUGCCUCACAUCCCAGCAGGAGAGCAAACUAUCAAGAAGCAGCAGAUCGGUCCAAGAAGGCUUUGGUGCACUUGUGGCGUGGACAGCUUCGUGUGGGGUCUGUUGAUGUGGGUGCUGCCACCCUGUGGUCUGAGUAUAUGACCUGCAUCCCUGCACUUGGUCAGAUAUUGAAGAUGACCCGUGUAGCAAAAUAUGAGGAUUUAUGGCACAAAGUAUUGCAAAGCCGACCAUGCCGGCUGUCAAAAAGACGUCCUGUCACCAUCCGGGGAAGGAUCAUCACGGUACACACGCUGUCUGUACACGGCACAUUGGUAGAGCAACUUGUGGCUGAGCUCAGAGAGGCUGCCAAGCCUCUCAUCUUGACGUGCCAAUUACUGAAUGACAAGAAUUACGUGGAAGUGGUGUUGGUGCCUCCCUGCCCUGAGCUGGAGCAGUGUGGUCUGUAUGGCAGCUGGGAACAGUUGCACAUCCUGCUUGUGGGCCGAAGGUCCAACACUCGCAUCGCCAACCUCCACAAGCUGUUACGUGUGGUAGACUUGUCCCAGAUCAGUGAUCUCUGCACUCAAUCCAAGACUGCAGAGGACAAAGGCCUGGAGGACAGUUUGCAUCAUUGUGAGGGGAGUGAUGUACCUGAAGUUAAAGGAAGCACCAGUGAAGUUUCCUCAUGUCUCUGUGAUAUCAUAAACUUGACUGCCAGCACAGAUGAGUUGGCUGAGAAAAGAGAAUGUUUGGAUGUCCAUGGGGCUGACCCUUGUUUGUGUGAUGAAGCUGAAGUAUCUGAUAACAAGCAUUUUGGUGCAAAUACUAGUAAAGUUGCAUUAGUAAAUAGUGAUGCAGAUCAAAGUAUUUCAACCAGGAUCAAGAAGCCUGUGAACCAAACUGAGGACAUGAGAAGUGAGUCCAGGGAAGAAAGUAUUGAGAUGGUAGCAAAGACUGAAGCCCAGAAGACAUGUGGGUCACUAGAAAAAAUGCCUUGGAUGGACCAGCCAGCACAUCAGACUGAGAUGAGACACUCGGAAAAUAACAAUACUGAAAGAGGAGUGGAACACAGCACAGAGGAUGAUGGAGUGGAGGAAUUUGAAAGUCAUUCUGAGAAAGACAAAGAAAUCAGGGAAAAUGAAAAAGCAGCAGACAUUCCUGAAGACAACUUUAAGACACAAAGCACUGAGAAUACUAAGGAUAGAAAAUUGGGAGCAUCCAAGGACACCAAAAAAUCAAGGAAGUGGAAGCUGAGCAGAUUCAUCAAAACCCAAAAGCUGGUGCGAGAUGGACAAGACCUUUGUGGAAAAAGAAAAUGCAGCAAGCAUUUAAGGACCCAGAAGACAAUGAAAGUUACACAAGAUCGUCAGGAGAAAGAACAAGACAGAGACCAUUCAAAAAUCUGGCCAACAAUGAAAACCACACAAGACCUUCAUGAAAAGGAAGAACACAGAGAGCAUUUAAAAAUACAUAAGACAGUGGGAAAUACACAAGAUCUUUGGGAGGGAGGGCAAUACAAAGAACAUUUAAAGCUCCUUAAGGUGAGGGAAAACAUGCAGGACCUUAAGGGAAAAGAACAAUAUGGAGAUAAUUCAUUCAAGAGAUCUGAGCUUUCAAAAUCACACUUAGUAAAUUCUACAGACCUCCACAACAAUUUACAUAAUGAUGAGAAACUGAGAAAAACAGCUUGUGUAGUUAUUCAAAGACAGUCAUUAGAGAAGAUGGUGCAUGAGGCAAAGGAGAAAUUAGGAAUGCAUAUCAAAGCUCCAAAAGUGCUGCAGGUGAAAAGAAAUGGUAUGUUGGAUACCAAAAAGCUCAGGGAUCUAUUUUCUCUUAGUGACUCUAAUAAACCUGAUCUGAUAAAGCCUAGCAUGUUGAGGAGUAACAGGGAGUAUGUUAUUGUCAACCCCUUGUCUGUGGAGGAAGGUGGCCACUGUGAACCAAAGACGAGUAGCACGCCAGACAUCCUCAAGUGCUUGGAAAAGAAGAAUGAGGAAAAAAGAAACCAAAUUGAUGCCAAAAAAGCAAGCGACUGUCAUGCCACUUCUGAUCUGGUGAAAGAGACCCCUGAAAAUAACAUGUCAAAUUCCAUGAUUAAGAGACAAAAGACUGCUGUUGGAGAGAACUGUUCUUUAUCAGUAGAAAAGGAAAAAAAGAGAGGCAAUAUUGUAAGUAAAAAGAACUUGAGAGAAUGUGUGGAAAAUUCUCCCUGCUGCAGCUUGGGGAACACAAAUGAAUCACAUUUACCAGACCAGAAAAAGGAGCAGCAUCUGCCAGCUACAGAUUUAGACAAUUAUCCCGGCUCUGAACAGGCCCAGGAAGUGAAGGACCGAGGUCUUUGCACCGCUGCCAAACAGACAUCUGAAUUGAAUAGAAAUGUCUCUCUAAUUUCUGAUAAUAGACAGGCAUCAGGACUUGAGAAAGACAGGGUUCUUUUCCCUCAUCCAAAACAUAGAUGGAAGUUGGCAUAUAGACAGAUGUUAAAUUCAAGUGGUGGAGACCUUUCACACACAGUUGUUCAAAAUACCAAGUUUCAGCAUCAGUAUGAGAAACACUGCUCUGGCAGUGGAGCAAAAUCCAGUAAGAAGAGGAAGCUUAAUUGUGAAUGGAUUAAAGCAAUGGAAAAUUUCCAUCCCAGAAAAAGAUGCCAUUGGAUAGACUUGCCAAGUACCAAAGAUGAUUCUAGCAAUCAGAUGAGGGAAGCAUCUGCUACCAUGGCCAGCAGCAGCCUGGUGGCCCCAGGAGCUGGUGACAUUUCAGCAGGAAAGCCAGGAAGUGAGGAAAGCAGCUCUAGAUCAGAAACUGUUCAUACUGAUGAGGACAUUGAAGUCUCAAGCAGCAGUAGAGGACAGGGCAGGAGCAAACACCAGCAACAAGUCAAUGAAGAGGAUAUGAAUUGUCUGCAGCAUUCAGAAUCCUCCCAUCAAGAACCUCAUGAAGUUUUGCUCCAAUCACAGAGAGAGGCAGGAGAGAGGUGCCCCAGUGGCCAGUGCAGCACAAGCCAGGACUGUCAAUACAGUUCUCCUUCCUGCCAAGGCCCAGGACAGCCACAGCUUCCAGAGCCUCAAACAGACCUAACAGGUGACUGCAUGCCACUCCCUUUCUCAGUUGAGGGAGUGGCAUAUGAAGCAGAGUUCUCUCUAGAGCAGAAAUUACCUGAUGGAGCUGAGAAACUCCCAGACAUCCUGUGUGGCAAAGGAGACAAGGCAGAGCUAUGUGAAGGUCAAGUUCAUAAAGAUCCUGUUAAUUUGCAUCAAGAGGGUAAUACUUGGAUGAAGGAAUGUAAUAAAACAAAAGAGAGCCAGGAGCAUAAUACAGAUUGUGACUCAACCUCAGUACAUUGUGCCUUUAAUGAAGCCCCUCCCAAGAUGAAUAGUCCCUAUGAUGAGCAGUGUGCUCCCCAGUCCAAGCAGGACUCAGCAGGAGACAGUGUCCUAUCAGUAGUUGUCACCAAUGUGACGCCACCACUAGGAGAUGACUCCCGAAGUUAUGAGAAGUGUGUGUACAGCAGUAAAAAUCUUUCCCCAGAGUUCAUCUUGACGGGAAGGAGUCAAGCCCUAGAGACUGAUUUGCCAUGCCCCAAAGCCUUGGCAAGAAGAAUUAAAAGUAACUUAAAGAACUGCAUGUUAAGACUACAUUCAUCUUUUAAGGAUGAUCUGAGUAUGAAGCACGAGUGCUUACCUGUUAUGCAAGCAUCAAUGAAUACCUUCUUCAUAGUGACACAGAAAGCUGCCCAGCAACCUGACCACAGUAGCACUCAAAAGUCUCUGUCUUCAGAGAGGAAAUCCCCAGGUAUUAAAAAAGUUUUGUUUGAAAGAAUUCUCAAGAAAAUGAAGCUCCAGCUUCUUAAGGAUGCCAAUGUGACAAAUAACAUGGACCAGUGCCACUUGUCCAAUGGCCUCAAGAAGCUAUCCUCCUUUAUCGAGGGCCAGGGGGCUUCAGCAUUGCAGGUUAAAGACAUGCUAGACACCCAACACACAACAAUGAUGAAAGAUUUAGGAGAAAGUCAUCACCUCUCACCGCAUCUUGCAAAAUCUUUAAUUGCACAAGUGGCCGAGUUAAAUCAUCCUUACAAGAUCAACAGUGUUCAGUCUUUGUAUGUCACCACUUGCAGGACGCAAGUUGAUUCGGGUUUAUGCCGUGGCAAGAUUGUACAGAAUCCGCAAGAGCAAGAAAUGGCAACCAGUUCUGACCUUACUGCUUGCUCCUUUCCAUCUGAGACUGGACAGUAUUGUCUGCCUGCUCCUCUGAAGAAAUGUCUGCCUCAGGAGACACCUCUCCCAUCACCUGCUUCUGACAGUAUCCGUGCACAGCCUGUCCACCUCAAGACUCCAGGAGGCAUUGGAAGGGCUGUGUUUGUGCCCAAUGAGCUAUACCAGCCCCUGUGGAAGAACAUGCCUUUUCAGGCACCACUGAUUUGGAAAGAAGACUCAAAGUAUAUCCAUCUCUUUCAGGGAAAACAGCAGGAUGUCAUAAAGCUGAAGUGUUUGCUGGUUGCCCGCAAGAAGUCUUACGGCAUCCUCAAGGAGGUUGAGUUCUUUGGAGGCCAUGUGUUGGCCCAUCACUCUGUGCUAGACCAGCUGCUUGCCUCCCCUGACUUGCCUCAGCUGUGUGCUUCCUCCAGUGUAAGCUUUGGUGUGUAUGGCUCACUGGCCCAGGUGAUGGAGGGCAAGGUGGCAGUGGUGCUGGGUGGGAAGUGUCUGUUGCUGGUGCAUCACACAGCCCUCCUGGACCCCAACACAGGUGCUGUGCUGCAAGCAGUGAGCAGCAGUGGUCUCCAUCUGGCACUGGUUCCAGCCCACACCUUGUACAUGUGUGCUUACUUACUAGGUCAACAGUUGAGGACAGCUGCAGAUGAAAAAUUGAAAGAGACUUUGACACAAAAUCUCAGAUAUUUCAAGAAGUGUGUUGAGGUGGGCACAGGGCACAUACUGGGUGGCAGCAGGGGCAGUGCCUGUGCCGUCCUGUCACCACAGUCUCCCAUCACAGAGUACCUGGCAUGCCUCAGGACCGUUCACCGCUGCCUUGACUUUGCGCAUCGCCACACUGCAGUUGUUAUAGGGGAAGGAGUGAAGAAGACGGCAAGUUGCCACCAGCCGUCAAUAUAUAAGCUGUGUGCUGCAAGGGAGGUGCUGCAGGUCUUACUGAAGGUCACUUCAUGAAAAGAACAUAAAAUAUUUCACCUAAAUGUGACUCAAAUACCAUCCAGUGUAUUGCAGGUGCUGCUCAGUUAUCCAGUAUAUGUAUGCCUAGUGUUGUUAAUUAAUGGAUUUGCUAAGUAAUGUAAGAUAGAGUAGUUGGUGACCCACAUGUGUCGGAUUUAGUAGUUUUAUUAUUUUGUCCUCUCAGUAAUGGUUGUGUACAGCUAAAGGGUAAGCUGGUGUAUACUAUUUUCUUUUUUAAUCCAUUAAGACACUUAGAAUCUUCAUAGAAUUAGAUGAAAUGUAGAAUCUAGGUGGAAAUUUUUAGGUGUUUUUAUACUAAACAUUUUAGUAGUGUUAGUGUUUCUUCUCUUAUUGGCUUCAGCAUUUCUCAUUUUAAAGAAUUAAGUAAAUAAUUAAAACAUUAUCUUCAAAUGGAUACACAGACAAAUGUAUCAGAUGUGAGGUGAUCAUAUUUGAGCAACAAAUAUUUAUUUAGCAUAGAAAGCAAAUGCUUGUAGUUCUAAUGGCUGUUUUCACAUGAGCCAUAAGCAAUUCUCUCCAUAGCAAGUUUGUGUGUCAGGCAAAUUAGUCUUCGGUGGGUGAAGAGUGUUGCUGGUGGUCCAGUGAACAGCCGUGUGUAGACCAGAAUUGUGUGUGCUGGUAGUCCCAGGUGUUGCAUCUGAGCUGCUCAACAGACCUGACACUAUUAGCUGGCAAGCUGUCGUAUCAUUACAUAAUAACUAGCAUGGCUUGUCAGCUUCUGAGUGAACAGUGGUGGAGUAGGUGCCAGUUUCACACUGGAUGGAUUUUUUACUUGUUGAAUAUACCACAUGCUUACCCAUUGUGAUUCUUGAUGUGCUGGCUGUUGAAGGGAAGCUGAACCCAUCAUUCUUCCCCUCAACAGACAGCAGCCAAGGUAGAGCAGCUGGCCAGGGUGUCCUAUUGUCCUUAGUGUGGGUUACCUUGGCAUACUAAAGGCACUGAUGGGAGGACCUCCUGUACCACCUGCAUGCAACCCAUUUCAUGACUAACAUUUAUACAAGUUUGUGGUGUAUCCAGCAAGUGAGACUGAAAGCGGGGUAGUGUUAGAUCAUGAAAAUGAUAGGUACAUUGUUAAGGUAGUUUUAGAUUGUGGGGUAAAUAUUAAGGUAAUGUUGGUAUGUAGAAUUCUUUUGUGUGGCUGGCCUCAGAUCUGAUAUUUUCAGUUGGAUACUACAUAAUCACCUCACGUGUUGUACCAGGAUAAUUUAGUGACUGUUUAAUAAUCUGACAAAGCCAAGAUGUCAUGUGGUAGAACUUGCAUUGGAUUGCUCAGAGAUUGAUAAUGUAACUGAUCAUUGUCCUGAAGUUGCUUAUACUCUGCUGAUUGAUUCCUGUCGUUUGGAAUGUAUUGCCAUGGUGUAGAGAUAACAUCUCUUUGCUGUCUGUCCAAAUGAAUUAAAAGAUGAGACCACUGUUUGAGGUUAUCUGUCUUUGAAAGUGUAGUAUUAUCUUGGCACUGUCCACCUGUACAUUGAUGGACACAACUGUGGAGUGUUGGUUCCCCUCUUAGCACUACAAUAAUAUUUUUAUUCCACAGGAGUGAUGUAUACUAACAAUGUGGUAAUGUUUACAUUUGCCACUUCUGAAGUAUAGUAUUUGUAUUUUUUACAUUUUAGAGCCAUUUCUUCAAUUAAAAGGUUAUUUGUCACAGGCAAAAUACCCUUAGUAGGUUUUAGUUGUAUGAUUUUUCUGCCACAGGCAUGUAACUCUUUUUAAUUGGUGGAAAUGAAGUGUGGAGUUGCAUACAAUGUAAGUUAUCAUAAAUAAUACUUACUGUAAAGUGGAUGGAUUUAUUUAUGUUAUGUAAAUGGUUACUAGAACAAAGUGAGUCAUCAUAGCCUUCAUUUGUAGGUGUGUAUAAUGACAACUGUUUUGUGUUGCAAGUUUACAUCUGGUUUGAUUUCAGGCCUUUUUAUGUUUGCUACCAAUUGGCUUUGUUGAAAACCUUUUCAAAAGUUUAAUGAAAACAUUUUCAAAAGUUCAACAAUCUUUAAAUACUUUGUAUUGUUGAACUUUCAUUUGUAUUAUGUUGAACAGUCAUUUGUAUUGUAUCUUAAUAAUAUGUUUUCCAAUAA